ACACCUAUGCGCUCUCAAGUAUACGAGCAGGAACCAUGAUACCGCCCGCGAUCCUCCUCGCCGCCUUGCCGCUCGCCCUCUGGCGCUCCGACUCGCCGCUCAGCGCCGCUCUGGCCAAGCUCUGUACGCUGCUCUAUGUCGCAAUCCGCGUGCUGCCCCUCGUCGUCAGGCUGGCCGGCAUUGGCCUGGGCAGACACAUCCGUGCCAGGACGCAGCCGCGGAGGGAGCUGCUGCUGGCCAGGCUGGCAGCCGACGAGAAGGAGUACAAGGCCAAGCAGCAGAAGCGGGGCGAAGACGACGACUGGGAGAAGGUCGACCAGUCCUCGGGCUCGUCGUCGCCGGCAGACGUAGUCGACAAGGAGUGGAAGGGCGUCGUUGGCUUCUUCCAUCCCUUCUGCAAUGCGGGCGGCGGCGGAGAACGAGUGCUCUGGGCAGCUAUCCGCACCACUCAAAAGCGCUAUCCCAAUGCCCUCUGCGUCGUAUACACGGGAGAUCACGACGUCGACAAGGCCGCCAUUCUCCAACGAGUCGAGGACCGCUUCAACAUCCACUUGCACCCGCCCACCGUCGCCUUCCUCUAUGUCUCUACCCGCCACUACGUCCUCGCCAGCACCUGGCCUCACUUCACCCUCCUGGGCCAAUCGAUUGGCUCCCUGAUCCUCGCCCACGAUGCCCUCUCGCUGCUCGUGCCCGACAUCUUCAUCGACACCAUGGGCUACGCAUUUGCACUCGGACUCUGCAAGUUCUACUUCCCCUUGGUUCCCACGGGCGCAUACGUUCACUAUCCGACAAUCUCCACCGACAUGCUCGACUCACUGAGCGCCACGGACCUUGAACGGGAGGGCAAAAUUCGGGGCGUGAAUUCGGGCGCCGGACAGGGCAUCAAGGGCACAUUGAAGAGAUGGUAUUGGCUUCUCUUUGCCAAGUUGUACAGCGGGGUCGGGGCGUUUGUGGACGUGGUCAUGACCAAUUCCUCGUGGACUCAGAAGCACAUGGAGAACCUCUGGGGCCCAAGGCCGGAGCGGGUUUCGUGCUUCGAUUCCUUGGUGCUCUCGCACGCGCUGUCACGCAAGGGAGUUCCCACGGAGCACGCGGUAUAUCCGAUCGAAGUCGUGUUCCCACCCGUGGCCGUCGAAGAGCUGGAGCAGCAAAUCGAGGUGUCGGAGGCGACCGAGGCGGAGCGAGGACCCUACCUUCUCUACAUUGCGCAAUUCAGGCCGGAGAAGAACCACCAGCUGAUCCUAGACGCGUUUGCCGAGCUGCUGGGUACGUGGCCCCAGGAGUCGGAGAAGCCCAAGCUGGUGCUGAUCGGCUCCGUCCGCAACCCCGAGGAUGCAACGCGGGUGUACAACCUGCGGCUGCUGGCCCACGAGCUGCGGGUCAAGGAGUCGGUCGAGUUCAUCUGCGACGCGACGUGGGCGCAGAUUCUGGCAUGGCUGGGGCGGGCGAGCGUAGGCAUCAACGGCAUGUGGAACGAGCACUUUGGAAUUGGCGUGGUCGAGUACCAGGCGGCCGGGCUGAUCAGCGUGGUCAACGACAGCGGCGGGCCGAAAGUGGACAUAGUGACGGAAGUGGACGGGGAGGCGACGGGUGAGUUGGGCGGGGCGGUUGUUCACGAGUGUUUGCUGACUCGGCAGGUUUCCAUGCCACGACAGCGGGCCAGUUCGCCGAGGGCUUCAGGCGGGCGCUCGGGCUGUCGGGGCCAGAGCGGGUUGCGAUGCGUUUGCGGGCGCGCCGCAGCGCAGGACGCUUCACGGAGGCGGAGUUUGCGGCGCGGUGGGCGCGACAGAUGGAGCGGCUGGUGGAGGUGCAGCGGGCGUUGGGUGGUUGAAAUUAAGGAAUGGAAUGGUGUUGGCAUUGGUAGGGAUGUCGGGGGCAUCAGCCCUAGGGCGCGGCCGCGUGGUCGGCGGCCUCGUUUAUCGCUAGAUAGAUCAGUCGAAACGCAAGCCUCACCGAACAACAAUGAGGCGGGCGACGCAUCAUCUCGCUUCUCCCGACGGCCCACGACAGCGCGGAGUUAGCGG